AUGGGGAGGAGGUUGUCACCCCCUGGACAACAGGUUGGGGUUGGUAGGGAGAGAGAUAGAGAUCGGGAGCAAUUGCCAUCGCCGAGAGAUUUGAGAAGAAGGGAUUCGGGCGAGGGACAGCAGGGGAGAGAUGAACAGCGUCGUGCUGGUGGACAUGGACAUGGACAUGGUGGUCUUGAGGGAUAUCAUCCGUCUGAGGUCGCGCAUCAUCCGUCUACUCUUCCUUCUUUUCAGCAUAUGCAGGUACAGGGACAGUCGGGGCCGCCGUCGCAGACAGGUCAGGGGCAGGGACAACCGCAACAGCAAGGGCCACAACCUGGCCCCGCAAUGGCACCCAUAGCUGAGGGCGGGGCUCAUCAAUCUGGCCCGUUGCCCUCAUUACAGACUGUGGCGACGGGGUCGGGGCCAGGUCCUGCAGGCCCGUCGUCGGCCGGAUCGGGUCCUGGCUCCAGUGGGGUCAAGGAGGAUCGGGAUCGGGAGCGGGAGAGGGGUAAAGAUGGUCGGGAUCAGGUAUUGGGACAAGGUUCGGGAUCUGUUUUGCAUGAGCCGCCGGCGAGGAAGAUGGAUGUGGAUGAGGACUAUGAUGAUGAGGGAGAGGAGGGGGAGGGGAGGGAAGGAGAGAGGGAGAAAGGGACUAGAGCUAGUCCGAGAGGUGGUGGAGGGCGAGGAGAUGCUAAGGGGGAGAGGAGAAAUGCGCACUCUGUCGCACGCGUGGCCAAGGCCGGCGAGGGCCUGGUUCCGCCGCGACUGUCAGCCCACGGCGAGAGGGGGGUUGAGGCCCUUGUGCUCUCGGGAACUUGGGAGGGCUGGGUGGGCGGCUGGGUGAUGCCUGGUUGGAUUUUCAUCUCUCACGCCUCGAGACAGAAUGGGCGAUGCCAUAUCGAGAAACCACCUCGCGUCUCACGGCUUUUGCUCGACCGUUUCAGCUUGGUGGGCGUCCGCACGCCGACAAGACGGGCAGACGGCGUUGGGUGGAGUGUCCAUCUCAGCUUUUACGUGGCUGGACCAGCAAGCUGCGUCUCCAUGACGGCCUCUGAAGCACAGCAUCACAAGGAGAAGAAGAUAAGAAGAGAAGAGAAGAACUGCAGCGCUUCACACGCCUCUCCAUCUUCGACCAAGUCAAGCGGAACAACAGAAGAUCAGCACGGCCACUUUGAACGUGCGAGUGGAUCUGUGGGCCUAUGA